UUUCAUACUUGUGCUACUGACAGGUAGCUCAUACUCAUAGCAGAGCGAGAGCAAGAUCUUCAUGUGUAUAUGAGGUUGACUAGAAACAAAUAAACAAAAAAGCCCCACACUGUAUCUUAAUUCUCUUUGUGAUCUUAAAAAGAAAAGCUUUGUGGCUGUCUUGCUUUUUUUUUAAAAAAAGCAAGUCCUAAACGUGCUUUGAGUUGAGUGUCAGACCUUGACAAGUUCUGCCAAAUCUGCCUCUGCUGUUGUCAAGAUUGAGUAGCUGGGAUGGGACCUUCUGUUGCUGUUCAAUACUCUUUGGUUUUUGUUAAUGCUUAACUUCAAUGACUAGCAGAUUUGACAUACCACCAAGGUAUUGACUCCCCCCAAGGCCUUAACUUAAUCCUCUCAGGUAAAAGAUUAGCAUUGAUACUUACCUGUCCUUUAUCUUUGAAUAAAUUUGGUAGUUUAAACUAAGGGAUUCCAAAAGUGAUAUAUCAUGACAUGUCACAGGUAGAAACUAGAAUGUCCAUAUGUCUUUUCAAGAGGGAAGAUACUGGAGUAGAGUGUGAUCUUCAUGGUUUUAGGAAAAAGUAAAAGUCCUGUUACAACCCAGGGAUCACAAACACAGCAACUACAGAAGCAUUAUGGCAUUACCUCACCUAUCAGUUUAGCUGCCCCCAAGGAGUUUGACUGCAUGCUUACCCAGAAAUUAAUCGAAACCCUAAAACCUUAUGGUGUAUUUGAAGAGGAAGAAGAACUGCAACGCAGGAUUCUAAUUUUGGGAAAACUAAAUAACCUGGUAAAGGAAUGGAUACGGGAAAUCAGUGAAAGCAAGAAUCUUCCACAGUCUGUAAUAGAAAAUGUUGGAGGAAAAAUUUUUACAUUUGGAUCCUAUAGAUUAGGGGUUCAUACAAAAGGUGCUGAUAUUGAUGCCCUGUGUGUUGCACCAAGACAUGUUGAAAGAAGUGAUUUUUUCACAUCGUUUUAUGAAAAACUGAAACAACAAGAAGAAGUAAAAGAUCUGAGGGCUGUUGAAGAAGCUUUUGUCCCAGUUAUUAAACUUUGUUUUGAUGGAAUAGAGAUUGAUAUUUUGUUUGCAAGAUUAGCACUGCAAACUAUUCCUGAGGACUUAGACCUACGAGACGAUAGCCUACUUAAAAAUUUAGACAUUAGAUGCAUACGAAGUCUUAAUGGUUGCCGGGUAACCGAUGAAAUUCUGCAUCUAGUACCAAACAUUGACAACUUCAGGUUAACACUGAGAGCUAUCAAACUGUGGGCAAAACGCCACAACAUCUAUUCCAAUAUACUAGGUUUCCUUGGCGGUGUUUCCUGGGCUAUGCUAGUAGCAAGAACUUGCCAGCUUUAUCCAAAUGCAAUAGCAUCAACUCUUGUACAUAAAUUUUUCUUGGUAUUUUCUAAAUGGGAAUGGCCAAAUCCAGUGCUAUUGAAACAGCCAGAAGAAUGCAAUCUUAAUUUGCCUGUAUGGGACCCAAGGGUAAACCCCAGUGAUAGGUACCAUCUUAUGCCUAUAAUAACACCAGCAUACCCACAGCAGAACUCUACCUACAAUGUUUCCGUUUCCACACGGAUGGUCAUGGUUGAGGAAUUUAAACAAGGUCUUGCUAUCACAGAUGAAAUUUUGCUGAGUAAGGCAGAGUGGUCCAAACUUUUUGAAGCUCCAAACUUCUUUCAAAAGUACAAGCAUUAUAUUGUACUUCUAGCAAGCGCACCGACAGAAAAACAGCGACUAGAAUGGGUGGGCUUGGUGGAAUCAAAAAUCCGUAUUCUAGUUGGAAACCUGGAGAAGAAUGAAUUCAUUACACUGGCUCAUGUGAAUCCACAGUCAUUCCCAGCACCCAAGGAGAAUCCUGACAAGGAAGAAUACCGUACAAUGUGGGUGAUUGGGUUGGUGUUUAAGAAGACCGAAAAUUCUGAAAAUUUAAGUGUUGAUCUUACCUAUGACAUUCAGUCUUUUACAGACACAGUUUAUAGGCAAGCAAUAAACAGCAAGAUGUUUGAGAUGGAUAUGAAGAUUGCUGCAAGGCAUGUGAAACGUAAGCAACUUCACCAACUGCUACCCAAUCAUGUGCUUCAGAAAAAGAAAAAGCAUUCGACAGAAGGGAUCAGGUUGACAGCUCUGAAUGACAGCAGCCUAGACUUGUCUAUGGACAGUGAUAACAGCACGUCUGUGCCUUCGCCUACUAGUGCUAUGAAGACGAGUCCAUUGAACAGUUCUGGAAGUUCUCAGGGCAGAAGCAGUCCUGCGCCAGCUGUAACAGCAGCAUCUGUGACCAACAUACAGGCUUCUGAAGUCACUGUGCCACAAAUAAAUUCCAGUGAAAGCUCAGGGGGUACUUCAAAUGAAAGCAUUCCUCAAACUGCCACACAACCAGCCAUUUCUCCACCACCAAAGCCUACCAUCUCUAGAAUUGUUUCCUCAGCGUAUCUAUUAAAUCCAUCACCAAGAACUUCAGGAAAUGUUGCAACAAAAAUGCCUAGCCCUGUCACAGCAGUGAAAAGAACAUCUUCUCCCCAUAAAGAAGAGUCUCCCAAGAAAAUGAAAAUUGAAGAGCAGGAUGAAAUAAGUGAAGAUACUAGCUGUAUAGAUUUGAAUGAGCAUGAAAAAAUGGAAACUAAGGAGCAACUUGAGACAGAAGUGAAUGUUAAUUCUCAAACAGAAACUCUUCAGACAACUUCUCUGCAAGCUCCUCAGAAAACACCCAGUACAGACCUUUCAGAUAUCCCUGCUCUCCCUGCAAAUCCUAUUCCUGUUAUCAAGAAUUCAAUAAAAUUGAGAUUGAACCGGUAAAAACAACCUCAGGGGUCCAUAAACAAUAUCUGCCAACUCAACCUGUUGUCUUCUAAUGCUAGAAAAAAAGGAGAACGGAGGGUGCAAGACAAGAACAUAAUUGCAAAUGGAUUUAGGUAUAUUUUGUGCACUUCCCUUUCUGGGCUAAAAUCACCAUUUGAUUGGAAGUCCAGGUUAGUAUGUGAAGCCAGGAGUACAAUUAAUGUGUUAGCAACAGUUGCAUUAAAUAUUUCGAAGGAUUACUGCCUUUAAAAACAUAAACACUAUUUGUAGCCAUAUUUGACAUUCUGAUUGAAUUUGUUUGAUGCAUUGUUUCAAAAUUGAGAUAAAACUGGCAUAAGAAUCCCUUAAAUGCACUUUUAUGUACUUUUUUUUUAUUGGAAUAUGACUAAUUUUAGAUCUUCAGCUGAUACACUUUUGUUUUAUUGAAGAACCUCUUCAAUAGUAGUAAUCUGCAAAUUGGAUGACAUUCUAUGAUAUACUAUACAUUGAAAACAAAGUGUAUAGUAUAUCUAGUUCAACUGCCAUCAAGCAGCAGUAAGCCUGUAAAAUGAAAUGUCAAAUCUUGAGGUUAUUAGACAUAAGUUGAGGAAGUAAUUGGGAAGUUUUGGUAUUGGUGGGACAUGUUUAAGAUGUGGUCUACUUUUAUUUAUAGGAUUGUUUUAAGGUGCAUACAGAUCAACAAUCAAACAGCAAAUAAACUUUCCUUUGAGCUAAUCAAACUCCUUAUUCCCUUUUUGAUCCCUUUAUUUCAUGGGAAAAGCUUUUGCAUUUAAUGUUGGGGUUUUGGUGGGGUUUUUUUGUUGUUGUUUUGUGGUUGGUUUUUUUUUUUUUUCCAGCUUGUAUGCACCAUAUAGGACAAUAGUUAUUUAUACAAAAUAAAAACAAGCCAUGUACUCAUUUGGGUUCCCUCCCCCAACCCUUACCUAAUCAUAAUACCUUGUGGCCUAUAGGCACAAAUUCAAAAUUUUGUCCCAUGACUAAAGUGUUUAAGUAAAUAUUGCGUGCCUGUGAAAUAUAACACCUGUCUUGAUGGCCUUUGAAUCACUAAAUAUAAGAUGAUUUUUGUACACUCCAUAAAAGUCCUGUAUGCGUUAAAAAGCUUCAAAUUUUAAAUAAAGGCAAAAAGAUUUUUCCUUAAGAAUUUUAACCUUUUUAUUUUUAGACGGCUCAUCAGAAAUAGUUUUACAUACUGAACAACACCGAGUUUUUAAAAAUCACAUUUCUAGUAAGCACUUGACAUCUAGUAAGCUCUCUUACUCCUAUUUUUUUGUUCUUGUAGUCCUAUCAGAAAAGUUACAACUUUUUCUUUUUAAAUAACUGAAUCUCUCAUGGCAAAGAACAGCAGUAUUUGAGGAACAUGAGGGUUACCAACAGUAGUACCAGAUGUAGAUAAACUUCAUGUUACUAUUACUUAAGUCUGAAAUAUGUGGGAUGUCAAAUCAUACUUCCCAUACUUUGAUUAGCAUGUUUUAUGAACUCCCUUCUCCCAUUGUGCUCCAUCCUAUUACACGUGCAUCUUUCAUGUUAAAAUUAAAUUACUUACACUCUUCCCCUUAUCCUUCUAAAUUAAUUCUCCGAAGUCAGAGUGUAGCUUAUCUUUUACUUAGGCUGUGCAGUAACUGAAGGGUUUUUUUGCCAUUUGUCUAAGAUGUCUAGUAUACAAUAUUUCUCUUUUCCUUGCCCUGUGCAGCCUGCUGUCAUCCACCCCCAAAGAAGGUUAUAUUAACAGUUGAAGUGUACAAGGUGUCUGUGUAUUUUGUGUAGCUAUGGAGUUUAGAUCGAAAUUGCCAGGCACAAAUUUAGUCUUGUCAUUUUGUUUACACAUCGGAAAAUUUUUUUCAUUUUAUUAAACGUUUCAUGUAACUGCACCCAAGUUUUGCCAAGCUGGGAACUUGGAACCUUUCUGUAUAGUGACUUUUUAAUUCUAGUUUUCAUAACCUGGAGAUCAGACUGUUGCUUUCGCAUGAUGUACGUAGUGUCUCAUGACUGGAGUUUGCUUUGUUUUAUAGUAUCUGUACUCCUUGUAUUUUUCAAGAGCUAUUUUGUAAACAGAUGAUGUAUUUCUCCAUUGAAAACACAAUAAAAAACAGCACAAUCCCA